GGGGCGGGGCCGCCGCCGCCGCCGCCCCGCGCGGCCGCGCUUCCCGCUGUUUUCCGGGGUCGGGCGUCCCUGCCCGCGCCGCCCGCAGCUCGGGCCCGCCCGCGCCGAAACACGGCGCGAUGCGCAGCGCGGCCAGCGUCGAGCCUGCGGCCGCCUUUAACACGUCCCGCUGCCACGCGUAGCUCUGCAGGCUCCGGACCGCGGUGCCCACGGGACGACUGGGCAGCCGGCAUUGAAAAAGCCGUACAGGCUUUUCAUCCCCGGGCUGGGAAAAGGGUCCUGCUUGGCCUCCGUCUUCCACGGAGGAUGCGGAAGGCACGGCCAUGGAAAAGAAACCGCAUUUCGUCAGGAGGGAGUUUCUUCCCAGAGAGGUGCCACCCAUAUCGCUGGCGUUACUGCUUGCGGCCGUCCUGCUCCUUAAUGCCCUUCUCUACCUGUAUCUCAACAAGUUUUCCAGCUCUCUGGGACGUGUCGAAAUGGACUCUGGCCUCUGUCCUUUUGGGCAUUUCAAAUUCGGAGCGGUGAAGAAUUGUUCCCCGUGGCUUUCCUGCGAGGCCAUAAAUAGGGAAGUCAGGAAACUCAAGUGUGUUGGUGAAGGUGCUGUGAAAAAGGUCUUUCUUUCUGAGUGGAAGGAAAAGAAAGUGGUCCUUUCACAGCUCACCAACUCAGAGCUGAAGGAGGACUUUCUCCAUGGACUGAAGAUGCUGAAAGCCCUUCAGAGCAAGCACGUUGUCCGUCUGCUUGGCUACUGUGAGCAGCAGUUCACGAUCCUCACUGAGUACCAUCCUCUUGGUUCACUGAGAAGCCUGAAUGAAACUCUCCACGUUCCCAAGUACAAGGGCAUGAACACCUGGCAUCGCAGGCUGAUGCUUGCUAUAGACUACGUGAGUGUCAUUCGGUACCUGCACAGCAGCCCCCUGGGCACCCUAGUGAUGUGCGACUCGAAUGACCUGGACAAGGUUCUCUCCCAGUAUCUCCUGACAAGUGACUUUCACGUUCUGGUGAAUGAUUUGGACGCUUUGCCUCUUGUGAACAGGAGUGCUGGCAGGCUGGUGAAGUGUGGUCACAGGGAGCUCCGGGGUGAGUUUGUAGCUCCUGAGCAGCGUUGGCCCUAUGGAGAAGAAGUGCCAUUUGAAGAUGACCUCAUGCCUCCCUAUGAUGAGAAAACAGACAUCUGGAAAAUCCCAGAUGUCUCCAAUUUUUUCUUGGGCCAUGUUGAAGGAAGUGACAUAGUACGACUGCAUCUGUUUGACAUCCAUGCAGCGUGUAAGAAGAAGGACCCGACAGAACGGCCCUCUGCCCAAGAGGUCUUAGACACCUACAGGAAAGUUUUAACUCUGCUUAUUCGGGAGGCAGCCAUGCCUAGUACUAGAGAAAUGUUAUAAUGAAUCACGAGGCAAACAACAUACUGAUGUUUUAAGUUGAUAUCCUUCCUAUUUAUGUAGCUUGCCUGAUGGGCAAAAUUUCUGUCCCCAAAACUGAGAAGAACAGCUGAACUUGUAACUCUUGAUUAAAAGAAAAAAAAUCCCCCCCCAAUCCAAGAGCUGUGCAAGCUUUCCAUUGGCAUGUUUAAUCUACCAUUGGAAGAGGAGGAGUGAGAGAAAGGAAGUUGUGUGGGUACAGGGGAAAUUUGUUCCUUAAAAAAUGAUACAUUUUCUUUUGCAACAUUUACACAAAAAGUAUCUUAAAAAUUACAGAAAAACGGAUUAAAAAUAUUGAUCUACCUUGUUGGUGGAGACUGGAAAGCAGAGACCAUGGCAUGCCCCCCACAAGCUUUGUGCUGGUUGCUGUGGUUUUGGCCUAUGUUGUAUCCACAAAGCUGUGGCUGUGGCCUAUGUUUUAUCACCUACUUUCCCAUGUAGUAAAAGCAGCAGUCACUCAGAAGGCAGUACCCCAUUUCAUUUCAGAUUUUGGUGAGCCCCAGUGCCAGAGCUGCAGUGGCAGUCUCUCCCUGCUGGCUGGGGCAUAGGUUUUUUUGAAGCCAUAUGCCCUGUAUCCCACACCAGCAAGUGUGUGGCCACUCUUGGAAGCAAGAAGGUGAUGCAGAUUCUGAAGAGUCUGCUUGUAGACACAGGUUCUUGGUUUUCAAGCCUUUGUCCUCUGGUAUUCUCAGAUGGGCUCUCUAGAGAUGAAGCUGUUGAAUGCAAAUCUCUUGCUCCUCUGUAAUCCACAGAAAUGCUGAACACUUUGGAAGAGAGCUGAAGUGUGUCUCUUUUUUUUAUUCACUUAUGCUGGUUUAGUGUCUUCAUGAUUUGAUGGAAAGGACGAUAACAAGGAACUGAAAGAGAAUGUGACUUCCACAGCAAUGAGCAUUAAACACAAGCUUUGGAAAAGAAAAUUCCUGAUUCCUGUAUUCAGAGCAUACAACUCUAUUCAAAGUUCACUAAGGAUAGAGGAAGGCUGCUUAAAAGUAGCCUUGUUUGGUGUAUUAGGAAAAAGCUUGAGGUAGCCUACAUGGAUGUAACAACCUGGUACCAACAGCUGGAGAGGAACAACAAUGAUGCCUUAAUCCAGCAAUAGGCUGUGUUUGGUGGGACUGGGAUCCAGGAUGUAGUUCUCUUGGUGAAAAAACAGGAAUAACAUGAAUGAGAAACAUAGACUCUACCAUUGUCCACCUGAGGACUUUCUGUGCUGUGGACUAAAUCUUUGAAAGGCCUAAGAGACAACUUCCAUGUUGUGACCUGAGAGGUGAUUUGUAAGCAGGGAAGUGCAUUGUCCUUUUUAAAGAGUUUGGGUCUGUUCUUUUCUGUGCUGCUAUUCCUCUUCACAUAAACCAGCCAUGUUCUGACUGCAUUGAGAUUGUGCAGUCAUCUCAUAUGUAUAAUGUUCAAAUCCUGGUAUCAGAAUUUUAUUAUAAAUGGGAAAAAUUUCCUGCAAAUUAGUAAAUUCAUUCCUGAUAUCAUACAAUGCCACCAGGAGCCCUUUAAAAGCUGCUGAUUAUGCCUUUCCUUUCCCCCUGGACAGUCUGUUUUCUUAAAUUAGAUUUUUGCCAUUUUUCACUUGUCCAUUCCUUCCUUGCAGCUUUCCUACUCAGGUUGUCAGGAGACAAAGCUCAGAAAUCAAGUUCUCCAAAAGAGAGCAGCGAUUGUGGAUGCUUCGGGUUUGUUUUGUACUUUGACUCAAAACACCUAAAAGAAGCAUGGGGAAAAGAAAUGCUCUUUGUAAAUGCAUCAUUCAGCCCAUGACCUCUUGACUUGUUCUUAUUAGGGUGAGAGUUCUACAGUUCCUGUAUGAAGACAGGAUGUGCAGCAGUUGGAAAAGUGUGUUGUUACAGCUCAUUGAAGCCAGGGAUAAGGCUUUAGAGGGCCAAGAGUCAAAUCUUCUGCAUGUUUCCCGCACAAUAACUUGUUACCUUUUGUUAGCCAUCAUGUACACUUGAAUGGGAAAUCAUCAUCUGAUGGCUGUAAAUAACAAUUCCAUGAAGGGUUUCUAAGAGUGUAGCAAGGACAGACAAGAACCUGACAAACAUCUCGUGCUGCUCUCUCUUGGUUAAGACAAGCUUCUGCUGGUAUUUGUGCCCUGUUGUGUACUCUUGCACCUUGAAACAGCCAUAUUAAUUUCACAGAGUGAAAAAAAUCCACCAAAAAAAAUUCUGGGGUGGAAUAAUUGUCUUGCCAUAGAGAUGAUUCCCUGUUCCUGGAUGAAAUAGUUACAAAUUUUUUUAAGAAAAUGUGUCUCCCUAAACAUUCACCCUGAGCAGUGGCUUCUCCAUGUCUCUUUCCCAUUCCCUCUCCUUUAGUUUGUGUGUUGUCCAGUGUUGCAUUUCAGCAGGAAUAAAUCAGAUUUGUUCUGAAUGCAA